UUUAUUAUUACAGUUUGGAAACAUUUUGUACAAUAUACACUCACUGAAGGUACUUAAAGGAGCCAUAUGUAAGAAUUGCAUGUCAAGUCAUCAUUGAAUGGCCCUGAUAUGUCAAAAGGCAUUAUUAAAUCAUACCUCUAUAACUGAUAACAGUAGUUCUGCCGGGAUAUGCUAAUUUCAAUAUUAGAUUUACAGCCCCAAAAUCUUAUUGUUUUAAUUUCGAUGUCCCGCUCUCCACCGUUUGACCAAUUACAAAGUCCGUAAGUGUGUUACAUCAAGGUUGCUAGUUACGCACCGCCAUUUUCGUCCAGCUACUGCCACUGGUAAAGUUACUAAACAUGUCAGACCUUAGUAAAUCUAAAAGGCCUUCUCAACUUAUUCAUGACAAAACCAGGAACAAAACCAGGAUUUGUAUCGGGGAUGCCUUUGAAAGAUGGAGACUAUUGAAGGCGGAGAAGAUUUUUUCAUCUGACGCCAAACUUGCUAAUUUCCUCCUUGAUAGGUAAGUAAGGCAUUUAUGUUUUCUUAUUACUUGUAAUAAAUGGAAAUGGACAUUUCGUAUGUAAACUAUAUUGUCCAAUACAGUCUAUGAUUUUGUCUAAAAAAGCUAAUAUGUCCGUGCAACAAAUUCUUAGCAUGCUAGCCCGGUCAAUGGGAGCAUACACAUCGACAUAUAGGCUAACGGGGGAAAUAUAUGCCCUCUCUCAAUAUGCUGAUACGCUGAGGAAAUGGGUUCCAACUAGGGCUGCAACUAACGAUUAAUUUGAUAAUCGAUUAAUCUGUCGAUUAUUACUUCGAUUAAUCGAUUAAUAAUCGGAUAAAAGAGACAAACUACAUUUCUAUCCUUUCCAGUAUUUUAUUGAAAAAAACAGCAUACUGGCACCAUACUUAUUUUGAUUAUUGUUUCUCAGCUGUUUGUAAAUGUUGCAGUUUAUAAAUAAAGGUUUAUUGAAAAAAAAAAAAAAAAAAAAAAAAAAGCCUCUGCGCAUGCGCAUAGCAUAGAUCCAACGAAUCAAUGACUAAAUUAAUCGGCAACUAUUUUUAUAAUCAAAUUUAAUCGAUUAGUUGUUGCAGCCCUAGUUCCAACAUUAGCACGGCUGUCAUGGCAAUAUGAAACGUAUGGAGACAGCCAAAUCACAUGAUAAAAUAAUUCCUCAUUUGUGUUUGCAUAUUGUGGACUACCCUUUCUGGCCAGAUUCUUACAUAUGGCUCCUUUAAGUACUUCUACAAAUGUUUAGCUAGCAUACCAGCUAUAGUUUCCAGUGAGUGUACAGUACGGAUGUGUGUGAAAAUGAAUUGUAUCGCAUCAAAGAAGUUUAAAAAAUGUGAAUGAUGCAAAGGAAGGUGAACUUUUCAACUCUGUUUCCUUCCGCAACCCUCAUCCUUUAGCCACCGUCAUUACUAUUUUCUGUAUGUUCACCGGACUUGAAAUCGGAAGUGAACAUGUUCACGUGUGCUUCUGUUGAAUUAAUCAAAGCCAAUUAGGCAGAAUCUAAUGUGGUUAAUAGAACCGUUCCAUCUGGAUGUUGCCCGAGCCGGAGCUGGAGUGUAUGGCUUGUGCACUGUCCACCAUGUUUGCUUGAUGCCGCCGUCUGUUCAUAUAAACUCAGUAGUGGUUUACACCCACCUACAGCACAUAAAUAACAAACUAGAUUUCAGGCUAAUGUUGUUACGGCAGCCUGUUUCAUUGCAACGUCUCCCUCUACAUGUCUGCAGUUAAUUUGCUCUGUGUGACUGAAAAGUCAUCCGAAAAUAUACUGUUGUCGUUGUGGUUCACAUGUCACUGCCGCACAUAAAUCUUCUAUUGAAGUGGGAGAACAAAUAAAUCUUGCAUUAUAAUUCCUGGAUGGUUCCAUGGAUCUUGUUGCAAGUGAUAGACAAGACACAUCAAAUCUAAAUGGCUUGUACUUUUCAACCUCCUAAAAUUUGCAAGUACACUUUUUUGCCAGGUCAUUAUUUUAGACCAUCAACGUCGCUGAAAGAACAAUGCUAAAAUUAACUUCAAGACUUGCAAACAGAAAGAAUACAUCUGUACAACCCAUGGGUGUCCAAGGGGUGUACAUGUAAAUAUAAGGGCUGUCAAGCUAAUCACCUAAGUAAUCACCUCAGUUCUAUCUAAAGUUCUGUGAGUUUGUUUUGAAGGGCGCAGAACACAUCGCUCUAUCUAUCAUCACACUAAUGUGUGAUGUAAUCACUGUCUGUGAAUACAGUAUGUGCCACCUUCCGGCGGUCAAAACAAACGCGUUAACAUUGACAGCCCUAGUAUGUAUGUAUAUGUGUGUGUAUAUAUGUGUGUGUGCGUGCGUGUGUGCGUGUGUGUACAUGUGUGUGCGUGUGUAUGUGUGUGUGUAUGUAUGUGUAUGUAUGUUUAUAUGUAUUGUGGAGCAUCACAAUACCUCCGAACAGGUGAGACUGGGCAGAGGGCCAGCCAUCACAGGGAAAGCAUGCACCAGAGGGUCAAACUACGCCACUCUUUAGGUGUGGUCAUUGAAGGCAAGUACAUCCCUAAUUUUAUCCUCAAUCAGGCUGAUGUGUGGCCACCUGCCCCAAGGCAGCUGUGUCAGGUUGGCAAUCACUGUGUUUAAAUUAAAUAGCACCUCAGUGUUUGACUCAUUGUGUGGCUGGCUCCCUGCUGGGAAAGGUCUGCUUCCAUCGGGCGGUAAGUGUGUUGCUCCACUGAAAUAUAGAUUGUAAAGUAGUCUGCUGAAUGUGUAAGACGUUUGAUUCAUUGAAUGCUGUGAUUUAUUGAACUUUGCACUGAUCAGAUGUUUCUCUGCUAUAUGUUCCAGCCAAUUUAGGAGACCUGAUCAAGGCAUGAGAAAUGCGAUCACAGCCCUAAAGAGUCUCUUCUCCACCUUGCCGUGCGAUGGGGUCUGUGUCGACUGGCCGAGUUACUGCUUUGUCAGCCAGGGGGUCUGAUGGCAAUCCGUCUUCCAAACAAGGAGGGAGUCACGCCGCUGCAGCUGGCACACUCAUCAGGCAACAGCGAACUCCUGAAGCUCCUCAUGCUCCCACCCAACCCUCUAGCCACACCUCCUGCAGGACUAUCUCAGGUGUGGGCAGACCGAUCUCGCUUGCUCAGGUACUGUCAUGAUACGGGAAAUCUGACGCUGACUGUCCGGCAAAACCUGAAAUGGAGCUCGGAGGAUAGUCGCCAUGCUGACAUCCUGUUGCUCAGAAGAAAAAUUAGAGAUGCCAACUUCCUCAGAGAGGUUAAAGCACUAAGAAGAGAUCACACUGAGACGUUUUUUGGCAAAGAACAAUUGGUGGAUGAUCCUGCAGAAAAUGGACUUUUUCCUGCGGUCAAUGGAGUAAAUUCAAGCGCAGAUGAUAAAGACUACGAGGAACCGCUAAUGUUUUGCCUGAAUCAGGAAGACCAAGAGGGCGAGCUGUUACAGUCUGACUGUGAAAAGAGCCAGUCGAUUGGAGAAAGCCAGGCCUCAUCCCCGACUCUGGCUGCUGCUGCCAGGCUGUCAGCGAUGAUUCACGGCAAAGAUAGAGGUUAUGCCAACGCCAUGCUAGUAGACCAGGUGGAUGACAUUGACAUGAAAUACCGCUCUCGCCCAGCACCUGAUGUUGGCAGCCCCUGCUGGGACUCGCUCUCCGUUUCGCUCACUGACUCUAUGACCUAUCCCAAAAAUCAGCACCCACCUUCAACCCAAAACCCAGGCCUGGAGAAUUCAAAGGAACUGCCCCAUCAGGUCUCUCCCUCUUCUCCUUUUGCUACCACCCCAUCUUUCCCAUCCUCCCCCAUGGCUUCUGCCUUCCAUUUGUUCGAGGGAGGACAAAAGCGACACACACCAUCCGGCCUUCCAGUCUCUCCUAACUUGAACCACAGAGAAUGCAACUUGACAGUGGCUAACCGUGGACUGAGCCCAAGCCUUGAGUGUGACAGUGGAGAAGAGGACAUACUGGGACAUUCCUAUCCAUGCUCAGCUAUGAAGCUGCAAUCCAGCUCCCCAGACUUUAACCACUCCCACUCUGACAGCCCGCACAAUUCCAUUAAGAACCCAGAAGACGCUGAGGUCCGUCUACGCUCAUAUUCAUACUCCUCCCCCAAGGCAAGGCCAUCACGCCCAUUGCUAAACAGAGAUGCUACCAUCACUGACCUGGCAGAAGAUGGUGCAUUCAGCAGUGGUCGAUCUCUACUUCAAGCUUUAUCCCUCUCUAAAUCGCUAUCUCGACUCCACCAAGUUAAGCAGAGCGUGCUGAGCCUGACAGAGACUUCUAAAGAAAAGAGGGUUUUGGGUUUCCGUAAGCGGGCCCAGUCAUCAGAGGAAGAGAGCAGCGCAUCACUCCAACACCUCACCCUCACAGAGUUCCUUAAAGAGAUUGAAGAUGAGGAAUGGGACAAAUACAUAAUCCCAUCAAAAGUCGAGUCGGAGAAGUACAAAGUGAGCCGGACCUUUAGUUUCCUCAAGAGCAGGAUGUCGAGCACUCGUAACAAAACAAAGGUGAAAGGGAAAGAGCUAAAGGAUGGAAAGGAGAAGACAGUAGCCACCAACGGGCACCAGUUUGUUCCUCCAUCUCCAUCUGGUCCUACUGCAUGUGUGGCCUGUGAUAAGUCUGUUUCUGGGAAGGAGCUGCUGCAGUGCUCCAAUUGCUUCCUAAACGUUCACAAGAACUGUCGAGAGUCUGUAUCCCCAUGCGGGAAGAAGCUGCAGGAGAGGAAUGCAUUACUGGUGAAAAGCAAGACCUUGUCUCUCCCACAGACCUCUGUAAAAGACAACACUUCUUCCUACCCGCUGGCGUCCUCAUCAGUUUGUACAUCUUCCUCACCUACAAUGACAACCAAAGACAAGAAAGAAACACUCACCCCUCUGUCCAGAAGCCUCUCUGUCUCUAUAGAGAGCAGACGCCUAAGUGACACAGCAGGGGUGGAGGUUGAUGCCAUUGCGACGUCUUACAUUAACAGCUCCCUAUCUGAUGAGGGAACUCCAGUUACGGUGACUCUUCCUCCAUUGGACCCGCCAAUCACCUCACAGGAUGCUGUAGAUGCUCCACUACUGAGUGAUCUGUCAGCUGACCUGCUGGGACUAGACACAGAGUCAUGGAGUCUCACUGUUAGCCCAGAGUUCUGCCGGCAGCACGACAGACGCACCAUCAAGAGGCAGGAUGUCAUUUAUGAACUAAUGCAGACGGAGCUGCACCACAUCCAAACACUGACAGUCAUGUCCGAAGUAUUCCGAAGAGGCAUGCUGGAGGAGCUGCAGUUAGAUUGGGAUUGUGUGGCCCGGAUAUUCCCAUGCUUGGAUUCACUGCUGCUCUUCCACAGGAACCUAUUUGGGUCUUUGCAAGAGUGCAGACAGGCUUCCACCCAACCUGAGAACCAGAGAAAUUACCUCAUACACCAAAUUGGAGACAUCUUGCUUCACCAGUUCUCAGAUGAAAAUGCAGAGAAGAUGAAGCAAGUAUAUGGUGACUUCUGCAGCCACCACAUGGAAGCUGUCAACGUCUUCAAAGAGCUUCAGCAGCAGAACAAGAAACUCCAAAACUUUGUCAAACAACAGAGUAAUAACUCACUAGUCAGGCGAAGAGGAGUACCAGAAUUCAUCCUUUUAGUCACCCAGCGAAUCACCAAGUACCCAGUGUUGUUGGAGAGGAUAUUACAUUACACCAAAGAAGGAAGUCAAGAACACGCUGACUUGUCAAGUGCUCUGGCUAAGAUCCGUGACAUUAUUGCAGCAGUGGACCUGGCAGUAAGCAAAUACGAGAAAUGUCAGGAACUGCAGGAAGUGCUUGCCCGGCUUGAGAAUAAGAGCUUUGCCAAACUAAAAAAUGGCAAGGUGAUUCGCAAGCAAGAGCUGCACAGCAAACACAGAGAGCUACAGAAUAAGGGGCUGCUGUACUGGAAGACUGCCACAGGGCGCCUAAAAGAUACACUAGCCCUCCUACUCACAGAUGUUUUGGUUUUCCUGCAAGAGAAAGAUCAACGCUUUGUAUUUGCAGCAGUGGACCAGAAGCCUCCAGUGAUCCCAUUGCAGAAGCUCAUUGUUAGAGAAGUAGCCAAUGAGGAGCGAGGGAUGUUCCUAAUCUCUGCUUCUUCAGCCGGGCCGGAGAUGUAUGAAAUUCACGCCACCACCAGAGAAGAGAGAAACGCUUGGAUGAAACAUAUACGACAAGCUGUGGAGAGUUGUCCAGAGGAAGAGGAGGAGGAGGAGCAGGGUGUCGAAUUAGAGGAGGCUAAGCGAGCAGCAGAAGCGAAGGUUCAGAAAAUCUCAAAGUUUCGAGAGACAUUGUUAGGUCAGGAUCAACGCAUCUGCAACAGCUUGGAGGAGAAGUUACAGUUGUACGCUGAGCUCACCCACUUAAGCUUGCGCUCUCCUGAAGCCAUACCACAUCGCCAUCUGCUGGUACAACCACACAUUGACAGGGAUUCUCCAAGACGGGCCUCGACACUGCUCACAGCCGCACUCAGAGAAGCGGAGAACCUGAUUACCUUUCUGCAGGCUAAUGAUGGCCUUCCUGUACGAUCUGGGGACUCUCCGAUCCAUGGGCCAGAGGGCUGCAGCUACAAUAGUCACGGCAACAGCAUCCAAGAUUCUCCCUCUGAGCCGGAUUACCUGAGCACACUCAGUAUGAGCUCCACUUCUCUGGGAUCAGACAGUGAAGGGACAGACGGUAUGUUGUGGAGCUCUGCUACAACACCAAAGAAAGGAGACACCAAAGAAACACUCUUCAAGGUGGCAGAGAGUGUCCAGAGUCUGACCCAGCUUCUUUAUAGUCUGCAGGCGACAGUGACCCUUCAGGACAGCUGUCUCGAGAUCCAAAAAAUUCUCCUUCAUGGGGGAGACAAAUCUCAGCUCAAAACCCUCACUUCCCUCCAAAACACCCUGGAUCAGGAGAGGCAGAAGGGCACUGAUAAGAAGAAAGAGGAAGUUGAGAAGAAGAGUUUAGAGAGGAAGAAGGAGGAGGUGGAUGAGGUGCAGAAACUACACGUGAAGCUGAAGCACCAACAGCAGCGCUGGGACAAAGAGUGUCUGGCCAGAGAGAAACAACAGAGUGAACAAGAAAGCGCACUGGAGCAGCGUGAGCAGCGCUGCAUCCUGGAGGCAGAGAGGCUGCGCUACGAGAGAGAGGAGUUGGAGGCUCAGAUGCUGGAGUAUCGCAGCAAUCUGGACCGACUACGCGACGGUCAGAAGAGCGUGGACCGAGAGAAGGAGAGGAUCGAAGUCCAGCAGAGGCUCCUCCAGAGCUGGAGACACAACCGUCAGAGCAGCCUACCAGUUACCAUUCCACUGGAUGGAUACAAGGUGUCAAGUCACAGCCGCUCAGGCAGCUUGGACACCAACUGUUGGACGUAUGAGAAUGAUGGAGCUCUGCUGGCGUCCCUCCAAAAGACCCAGGCCGCCCACAAUAACAACAACCCGCACCAGUAUCUGCGCUCGACCCCGAGGCACAACCAUGACGUCGCCAGCUACGGAGCGGACCUCAGCCUCAGCGCCAGCCUCUACAACAGCCUCAAUGCCCUGCUGAGCCAGGCGCACGGAAAACAACCACAGGACUGCCUGGCGCACACAAACUACUCGAAGAACAAAGAUUGCAGCCAUCCUCUGAAGGAGUCUGUGCAUCCCUUCAGCAGCAGAGUGCCAGCGCAGCCACAGACCACCAGCAAGCACUUCAGUCCACAGUUGGACCGCCAUUCCCCGGGGGCCUGGAGGCCGGAGGUCACAAGUCAAGAACAUUACGAAAAUAACUACUGCUCCUCUCCCUCCCUUACCCCACUCCUGUCCCCACAGUCCUACCUCUCUCUCGAAGGACAUCUCAGAGAGGAUGGAGGCGAGGAGAACAUUGUUUACCUCUGAUGAAGCUUUUUGACAUAAAACUGUGGAUAAUCAUGAGGGAACAUGUACUGUAUAUCUGCCUUUAUUGGCGUUUGUGGCGACUCCGUGUUGUGCCUUUUCUUUCCAAACUUUGAAACUACCUGUAAUGACUUUUGUCAGCUGGUUGGAGACGGAUGAUUAGAAAAGUACUCGUGAUAUUUUCCUUUCGCACUUAAUAUGCAGCACCUGUCCAACGUUUGGAAACACGUUCUCUUUCAAUAGAAUGCAAAAUUGUCUCCAAACUUUGGACUGGAACUAUGAAUAUAAAUAAUUUAUGUGGAAAGACAAAAUAGCCAUUUCUCGAGCUAUAUAUGUACAGCUGUAAUUUCUCUCCUAAAGAGUGUCAUCUUACUGCCAUGUGAUCUUAAAUAUUAUUUAUUAUAAUGCAAGGAAAAAUAACUAUACAUGUGUGGAUAUAAGUAUUGUAUGUGUAGAAAGGGCUACAUACAGUAUGCACACUCUUCCCUUUCUCAGUGAAGUGCCAUAAUCCUCCCCUCCGCCUCCUUGGUAAUUUAUUACGUGUCAAAGGUUUCAUGCACUGUACACAAUGUUUGGUUUCUUCCCUUGUAAUCGUUGUUACGUGUUAAUGCUCAUGCGGCUCAUAAAGGUGGUUGUGUGCAAAAAAACUGUACUGUGGGAUACCGCACUGUAUUAGUUGAGUUCACUGGCUUAAUAAUGAUUCAGAACAGCCCUUUUCAGACUACCUGGUGUCUUUGGCAGUACACUACGGUGAGUACACUGAUACUUUUGAUUAGGCUGACCAUACGUCCUCUUUUCCCCGGACAUGUCCUCUUUUGCGGGGGUGUCCGGGGUGUCCGGGCGGGGUUUCUUAAAUGCCUCUUAAAUG